AUGCGUUCUUCAAUUGCUUUGCUCGCCGGUCUGGCGGGCUCGUCCCUCGCCUACCCGGCUGAGAUGUCUGUCGACCGUCGUACUUUCGGUCUCGUUGCCGAGAUCCUUGGCUCCGUCGGCACCGAGGUUGGCACUAUCAUCGAUACCGUUCUGGGUCUUGGUGUCAGCACAUCUGACUCCGUUACCCUGCUCGCUGGCCUGAGUGCUCGCGGUGCCGCGGCUCUUGAGGGAGGUGCUCUUGGAUGCAGCCACUCCAUCAUCCACGCUGGUGCUCGUGCUGAGCUGAAGACCUGGUUGUCCAGCCAGACCCACAUCACAGGAUCCCUCAAGACCUCGCUUCUGUCUUGGUGUGAGGGCUCCAUCACCACUCUCGAUGCUGGUGUCACUGCUGGCUUGGCCGUCUACAUCCCCACUUGCGCCGACCUUGCCGCUAAGGAAUCUAUCUACGUUACCAUCGACGGUAUCUUCGAAUCCACUGAGCUCGAGGCCACUCUUGUCCUCAGCGCCUCUGCUCAGACUUCUCUCACCACUUUCAUCUCCGCCAACGUCGAUCUCGAUGUGGAUGUUAAGGCCGGUCUCCACCUCUGUGCUGCUGGUGGUAUCGUCGGCAGCUUGGGUGCUGAUAUCAAGGCUUCCCUGCUUGCUUGGAUCCAGGGCUCUGACUGCGGUCUCGAUGUCACCCUGAAGGCUUCCGUCCUUGCCUGGAUCAAGGGUGAGGCUGGUGCUGACCUCGUUGCUAUUGGCUCUAUCUCCACCGAUGCUCUUACCUCCCUGUCCGUUGGUGCCUCUGUUGAGGUUCUUGUCGAGGAGACUGGUAUCCUCUCCACUGCUGCCCUUGCUUCCAUUACCGCUUUCCUCGAGGCUGAUGUCUCCGUUGACAUUGAUGUCAACAUUCGUGCUGCCCUCAAGGCCUGUGCCGGUGGUAAGCUCGCUUCUUCUCUGGAUGUUGAACUCCGCACUGCCCUCGCUGUCUGGUUGUCUGGCUCUAGCUGCUCUCUUGGUGUUGAACUCAAGGCUGUCAUCCUGCUCUGGCUGUCCGUCGCUGUUACCGCCGAGGUCUCCGUUGACGUUGUCUCCGGUCUCCUUGUCGACAUCACCUCUUUCCUGACUGAGGAGAUCUUCGCUCUUCUCAGCGUCAACCUCCGUGGUGCUCUCUCCCUCCUCGCCGCCGGUGAGAGCCUGACUCUGCUUUCUUGGGAGGCUCGUGCCGAGCUCGCUGCCUUCCUCAGUGGCUGCACCACCAUCGACAUCAGCGUUUCCAUCGAGGUCAUCAUCAUUGAGUGGUUCACUGGCUGCAGCAUCUCUGGCUCCGGCUCCGGCUCGUCUCCGUCCGGCUCUGCCUCCGUCCCCAGCCUGCCUUCCUCCACCGUCUCCAUCCUCCCCAGUGUCCCCGCUGGCUCUAGCCCUGCUCCCUCCGGCUCUGUGCCCACUGGCUCCGGCUCUGUCUCUGUCUCCGUUGGCGGCCCUGCCCCCACUGGCCCCGCUGGCUCUGCCUCUGUGCCCUCCGGCUCUUCCCCUACCGGCUCUGGCUCUGCUCCUUCCGGUCCUGCUGGCUCUGGCUCCGUUCCCUCGGGUUCUUCCCCUACCGGCUCCGGCUCCUCUCCCUCUGGACCUGCUGGCUCCGGCUCAGUUCCCUCGGGCUCUUCCCCCACUGGCUCCGGCUCCUCUCCCUCUGGACCUGCUGGCUCCGGCUCCGGCUCCUCUCCUUCUGGCCCCGCCGGCACUGGCUCUGUCCCCUCUGGCCCUGCUGCCACUGGCCCCGCCGGCUCUGGAUCUGUGCCUUCCGGCUCAUCCCCCACUGGCUCCGGCUCUGCCCCCACUGGCCCCGCUGGCUCUGGCUCCGGCUCUUCUCCCUCCGGCUCUGCUGGCACUGGCUCUGGUUCUUCUCCCUCAGGCCCCGCCGGCUCGGGUGCUAUGCCUACCGGCCCUGCUGCCACUGAGACUGCCACCCAGACCGGUGCUGUGACCACCCCCUGCGCUGGUGGUGCCGGUGCCACUGAGACCGUCAGCUACAGCACUGCCUUCACCGAGACCGUCACUGGCGGCGCCGGUGCCGGUGGCUCUGCCUACACCGAGACCUUCACCUACAGCACUGCUUACACCGAGACUGUCCGCUACACCGAGACCGUCUCCGUCUCUGCCCCCGCUGUCACCGCCGCUCCCUCCGGUGUCUCCCCCGAGGGCUCUGGCUCCGCCAGCACCGUCUGGGUCACCGUCACUGCCUGCGGAUGCGAGUAA